AUGUCACUUAUCAGCGUUAAUUAUGGAGCUCGAUCUCUCAAGGUGAAGACCUCACCGGGUAUGCUGCUUAAUGAAAUACUUGUUCGCAGUUGCAAUCACUUUAAGCUUGCGUCUGAUAAGUGGGCGUUGAAACAUGGCCAGUCGAAUAUCGAUCUCUCGCUCCCAGUGCGACUUUCGGGGCUUUCUGCCGGUGCAAAGCUCGAAUUGGUGGAAAAACCGGCUGAUGGGGCUAAUAAUAGCGCUCCCUCCAAGAUCACAUUGAAGCUUCAGAUACUGGAUAGUACGAUUGUAGUUCCGGCCGACGCGUCGCUACUCAUUGGUCAAUUUGAAACAGGAGAAUCGGUUUUAAAUAUAUUACGAUACUUUGAGGGUCGAACCGGUCUGUCUUUGGUUGAAAGAACUACCACUGAGACCGACGUUGCUCGCCGCGUCAGUGUCACGAGGGGUUAUAGGCCUGUUGUACAGAGUUUCACCAGAACAUUGUCGACGGAUUCCGAGUUAUUGAAGCCGGUUUCAGAUCUGGGAUUUUCCUCAGGAAAUGUGGUGUUGCGAUUGAAAUUUGAGAAGGUGCUUGAAGAAGAAGUUGGCCUUGAAACGGCUGAGAGUGUGCCCGCACCAGAGGAAGUUCUUCAAAAUAAUGAGCCAAUUCCGGCUGAUGAUACCAAGAUGGACGUGGAUGGAGAUACUGUGUUGAAGGAGACCUCACCGAGUGCACAAUCCGAGAAACACUCAACCCGGACAGAUGUUACUCCUGAGAAGGAUCUGUCUGAAGUGACAGUAUUUAUCCCUGAUGAAGUGCCAAUCAAGGCUGCUGCUACAGAUGACUCAACAUAUGAUAUGUCAAUCUCACAGGCUAAGAAGUAUCAAGCGAUGCUUCAGAAGAAGGCUGGUUCUGGUCCCAUGUUAUCGCAGAGAAUGCGCCAACAGGCGGCGGCAUCAGCCAAAGCCGUUGAAAUAUGCCAGAUCCGCGUAAGGUUCCCCGAUUGGACUAGUAUUCAGUUCUCAUUAGAACCCACAAAGACACUGGGUGAUCUUUACAGUUCGUUAUUAGAGUUUCUGGUUGAGCAAAAAGGAGGCACUUCAGACGGCAUGUUUUUCCAUUUGGCCACCACCCAUCCCCACAGGAUCUUGAACAAAACCAAAGACGACUUUACGAAACGACUGGUUUCUGACCUCGAGUUUGGCCAUCGUACUGUUCUUGUUUUUGAGGAUAUUGAAAGGGUGUCUGGAAAACGGUAUUUGAAGGACCAAUAUCUAUCUGAGGCCAGACCCAUAUCAGAAGCAGCAGAAGUUCAGCUGGACCAUCACCGUUCUGACUUAGAAGAUGCGGAACAUGAGAUUUUAGAAGAAGCUACUACAGUGAGACCAACCGCAGCUUCCCAGACCAGAUCUUCCAGUAAGGUUGACGGCAAGAAGAUUCCCAAGUGGCUCAAGUUCAAAUAG